UAGUCAUGUGACCUUGACCGGCCGUGGUUAACCCCUAGUUGGCCGUGUGACAGCGUCGCCUGCGUCCUGCUGCUGUAGCUGUGUGGUCCCUGGACGGCCGCGGGACGGGCCGGAUUUGGGAAGAAGAAUGAGCUGACUACGUGUACACCCAGUAAGAGGUCUGCAGAAUGUCUGGACUUCACUUAAAGAAAAUAUUUUGCCAAGCUGCAAAUAAUGGCAGGUGCUAUUUCGGACGGCACUUUGGCCUCUGUCACAGGUCAUUCAGGACAACCAGUUAUCUGCCGUGGAACACCAUUAGCUGGACAAGAAAAGGCCUGCUGGCAGUAGACGUCAAGUCCUACAGUACGGCAGAAGAAGAAGUCGCCAAAAAGCCAAGUGCUACAAAAAAAGUCAACGUCAAUGCCAGGAAGGUGAUUGGGCAUGUUGGCCGGUUGAUCCCCUAUAAAAUGAUCCAGGUGUUAGACCAAGAUGGGAAGGACAUGGGGAAGAUGCUGAAAAGGGACGUGAUACGCGUCAUGGAGAAAGAGAACCUGAAACUGGUAACUGUCUCGCAAAACGCAGAUCCCCCAGUAUACAAGCUGCUGACUGGUAAAGAGCUUCACGAGGAGCAGCUGAAACUCAGAGAUCAGCAGAAACACAGCACCAGCCCCGGUCCCGUCCAGAUCAAGGAGAUGUCGUUUCUCGCCAGCAUUUCACAACAUGAUCUAGAUGUGAAAAGGAAACAGCUUAUUCAUUGGAUCGAGAAAAAGCAUCAUAUACGGAUCACUGUGCUGAACAGUCGCACUGUAAAUGGACCAGACAAGCUGGCAGUUCUGCAGCAAAUGAUAGAAAGCAUGGUGGAUUGUGCUACAUGCAUGGUGCAACCCAAGGAAAGGAAAGAUGGCAGAGCCAUGAUUUGUGUCCUGCGGCCAUUGUCUGCCAAGGAACUGCAGAAACGGAAAGUAGAAGUGACGGCAGAAAAGCAGAGUGAUGCCGCUCCUGCUGAAAAGCCUAGUACAAACGACAACCAUAGACCAAUCCCAUAAAGGGCAGAACUGACUCGAUUCUGGACUCACACGCAGCUUAUUAUUAAAGAAAGAUUACAUUUUCA